AUGGCUCCGUAUAAUACAGCAGAAUUAUCUGUAUGCCAUGGAGAAGUCGGUACAGAGGUGAACGAAAGCGCACAUGCUUCAGCUACGGAACGUAUUGCAUGGGUUGAUUUCCGUGCACGGGACGGUCAAUGCUUUCCCACCAGUUGGUGGUGGAAGGGGAGUUUGUUUCAUGGACGCGAUCGUCUUGCUACUUUCUUUGAAAAUAUCGGUUGGAAGGUCUUCACCGUACCUGAAACUGCAACCAUUCUACUGGGAGGACGUGUGAAGUUCGAGGAAUUAAAUUGCGACCAAGCUUAUCUUUUUCAGAAGGACUUGUUGAAGACUAUGCUGCAAAUCGAAGAUGUUGGGCGACGACUUGUGGUGAAAGCUAAGCUCGCCAUGACAGGGUUGCUUAGUAUGGGGAAAUGUCUAUCUGCUACUCCAGCAGCACUGCCUCAGUACCAUGUACACUGUGUCCUGUCGUCUCAGACGUCGGAUGGUAUGACGACCGAUGAGAGGCGACCAAAUAUGAGACGGCCCGUCUUCACUGGACAUGUGGGCCCUAGCAUCUCUUCCACUCGUUUCGUUCCCUCGCCAUUGUCAUCCAAGAUGUUUUCAAGUUUCGUGAGUGACGUUGACGAGGUCCUUGAGCCGUAUCUAGCUGAGCUCUCAGCUGGUCCAUCCGUGUAG